GCAAAACCGAAACAAAAUAUAAGGCAGCCAAAAUGGAAGAUGAAUUGCCUUUAUUAGUUCCUUUGUCAGCUUUAAGUGACUACAUACAGUGCUCAAUAUGCAUGUGCAACUUGGACAAAACUAUGAUGACAAUGUGCGGUCAUCGAUACUGCGAGAAGUGCAUCACAGAGUGGGUGGGUAGACAGCACAAAUGUCCCUGCUGCAAUCACGCCCUCGAUGCAUCACAGCUUGUGAAGGACCAUCAGUUUGACAGCUUGAUCAGUGCCAUUGAUGGUGAGAAGGAAAAAGCGGAAACAAAAUAUUUUGAAAGCCUAAUCAAUGCUGCCAGUACGGAGAAUGAAGAAUCUGCCGAUAGAAUGUCAAGUGUGGAACUGGUGCUGAAAAAACAUUUAAAGAAGGGCCUACUUGAUCAUGAAAGUUAUCUAAAGACAUUGAGGAAAUCUUUCUCAACCAAACUGGCAGCGCUGGAGACGACCACUGAGAGGGCUGUGGUGGAGCUGCAGACGCAUGGCCUCUCGGAAUCGGAGGUGUGCCAACAGACUGCUGAUCUACUUGAGACCCUGGAGCGACAGAAAACUGGACUGGAAGCUGAGCUGCAUGCAUCUAUUGCCAUGGUUGCAGAAGCGUAUGACAAGUAUCUGGGUAACCACAUUCCAAAUCUGGAUGUUCUGCCUGUGAAGGGAAGUAUCAUCCUGGCUGGAAAGAACACCAACAUUCCCGACCUCACCUUCCAACCUACAGACAGUCUUACUGACGUUCGCUCCUAUGUAGAAUCUACCAUGACCAAGAAACACAACCCUGUGGUUAGCUGGGAACCAGAUGCAAAGUAUUUCCUGUUCGGCCCAUUUGCUAAGUGCAGUGAUUGUGAGAUGGAACGGGCUAUCACAGAUUACCUGACCACCGGGAGCCUCGCUCUGGACGUCCAAUUUCUCACAGAGGGGGCAAAACUCGGCCUCCAAUACGCAAUGAAACCAGGCAGUGUGAUAGUUGUGUAUGGCGGGUUGAAACUGGAGAGUGAUCUGCCGAAAAAAUGUUUUGUGGAGGCCUUCAAGAAGGGGGACAGCAUACAGAGGGUCGACUACUUCGCUUGCAGUCAGUGCAACUUCAAAUGGAUAUGCAGAUCAUGCAUGGAGAUUUGUCAUCUUGGUCAUGCUGUUGUGCCCUACAUUAUGCAGCAUCAACCAAACUGGGCCUGCUGUUAUUGUCCGAAGAAGAAAUGCUGCAAGAUCCAGACCACAGGCUGAGAUGCCCUUUACAUUUUAUCCAACCACACAAAACUGUACAUUUAUUCAUCCAUGUCAUAGAUAUUCAUUCCCUCAUGAGGUUAACACUUUGAUAUGUGGGUUACAGCUGACAAGUGGCAUGGACUGUUACAGUAGAUUGACUUUCAAAUUAAUUACUUUUCAAGUUUUUUGUGAUACUUUUGUAAUUGCAUUUUGUUUGUUGUCUGGUUUGUUUAUGCUUUAGAGCCCACAACUUUAGACCAAUGUUUCUGAAAAUUGGUCAGACUGAUUGUCUGGAUGAAAUCUCAGACAUGCUCAAAUAUGGAUCAUUAACUCACAAGGGUCUAGGUCACUGGGUCAAAUCUUAGAAAAUAAUUGUGUGCAAAAUAGAGGCCACAACCCAUUCCAUUGAAAACUUUUCAGUAUAUGUUGGCUAAAUUAAGAGCAAUUUCCUGAUUUUCAAGGUCUUCACAUCGAAAAUCAUAAAAAAACAACAUAAUGGAAUAUAAAUUUAUUUAAGGAGGCAACAAAUAAACAUGAAUCAAAAGCCAGUAUAUAAAUUAUCAUAAAUAUCAUAAAGCAUAUGGUAACAACAUUUAUAAAUUCCAGAAAGUGCAUGCAUGAUAAUUAUGCCCCUCUAUGUCAUGUCAUACUAGGGAGUAUAUUGGUUUGCACAUGUCGGUUGGUCGGUCAAUCAGUCGGUAGACCAAAGCUUUUGCGAGUGAUAACUCAACAAAUCCUGGACCCAUGUACUUCAGACUUGACUUGAAGGUUGGGCCAGAUCAGUAUAUGACCCCUAUUGAUUUUAGGUGUAAUCGGGUCAAAGCUAGGUUGGGGGUGACCAGUAGAUGAAACCUAUGGAUAUUGUGUUCAUAGAGUCAAAGGUCAAGGUCACAACUCAAUCCAAUGUCAAAGACAAAGCAGCUGUCAUUUUAGUCCAUGCAUAUUUCAUUCAAUUGUCCAAAUAUUUUUGACAACAUGGCGCUCAGGGGGGCGGGGUUAUCUAAAAUUUAAUAUGCACUAUAAUGGACAAUCAUAAUCAUUUUACAUUGGAGAUCACCACAAAUUGAAUGAAAAAUGUGUUUACAUUUAUAUUAUUAAAUCUCACAGAAUAACAUCUGUCACAUUGUUAGAUUUAUUUUCUCUAACUUGUAUUUUACAUCCAGGUGUCUUAUUUGCUAAUGAGGACCUACAUAUAUCAGCACUAUCCCUAACACAAUCACCAUGUCUGUAUGAUUCUAAGCACUAGCAUUACUAAAAAAACAUGUUCUUCCUCUGUUUAGUAAAUGCCCAAAGGUUGAAUGCCUUGCAGAGGUUAAAUACGUUCAUGUGGUCCAGAUCUGGUGUGUCAACUGUUAAUGUAAUAAGAGUAUUCACUCUGUCUUGGGAAGGUCUUUUCUGUUUCGGGGUAUGGUUUUAAUUAAGUAUUAUUUGCUGAAACCCCUUUCAUGGUUAGCAGUGGAGAAUGGCAGAGUGAUGGCAAUCUUCAUGAUCUUGCAGAGAUUUGGGUAUGAUGCCACCAGUGUUUCCUUGUGAUCACAGUCUUUGCCAUGUUUGAGAAUGUCAUAGUCUGGUAGUUCUUGUCCAUGUGGUUUUUAAUAAGGACCACUCACACUUGAGGUGUUUCUCACGUACUGUCAUUGGUGAUUGUUGGUUGGUCAUGCUGGGGCCAAACUGUUUUCGGAGCUAGUGAAUCUCUUGGUCUCCAUAGAAGGCUAAGUCUGUGGCAUUCUAUUGCAGAUUCUCUGGUACGCCAUUGUCAGUGAACCUGGCCUCUAGGUUGUGCAUGACGUGAUUGACAUACAUGAUGCACAUGUUGUCACUGGCAUUUUUUCCAUACUGUAUUGGAGCAUUUGAUGCAGUUUUUGUGGCCAUUAUCUGAAGUCAUGAAGGAGGGCGUCAUUGUAUAUGAUGACAGCACCUAGAGUUCCCUCAAAUGACAGCCAAUGUGUAAGGAAUGUCUGCUUGAAUUUCCUCUCCUUUCCUAGCAUUCUGAGACCCAUACAUAGCAAUAGUGGCCACAUAAAACUUACUCAAAAUGGUUGUUGAAUAUUGGUUUAAUGAUGAGUACCGUGGUAAAUAGAUCAACAAGUAAUCUCAAAGAAUAGUUUUAUGAACUUAACAGAAAAGUAAAAUUCCAUCCUAGCAUCAGAAUGAUUGUCUUUAUCAAUUCUAGGUCAAAAUUUAAUAUAGAUUAUGUUAGAUGAAAAAGUUGGAGACUGGCUCAUAUCAUAAAAAUAUCCAAUGAACAAAAUAGAAAUUCCAUUGCCAUAGUUUCAUAUAUAAGGUGAGUGAUGCAGGGCCCUUGGGUUGUAAUAUAUAUUUUCUACAUACAAUGAUACAAUACUGUUUUUAGCUCUACUGGCCAAAGGCCAGAAGAGCUUAUGCGAUGGUAAUGUGUACGUAGUAUGUGCAUCCGUGCGUUCGUGCGCCUGUAAACAAUUGCUUGUGAACAUGAUAAAGCCAGAUCCGUCCAUAAAUGCCUAGAUUAUAGGCCAUGAAAGUUUUAAAGAAAUGCUUUCUAUUUUUAGCCAGGUCUGCAUGAGCGAAUUCUAUUUUUAGCCAAGUUUACAUGUACCGUACAUGUAAAUUCAAGUCUAGAGUUAAGGGAGACAAUUUGCAAGUCUAGGAUUUUGAGAGACAAUUUGCUUUUUGCUUCUGCAGCUGAUUUUGUGAAUUACUCUGCCUUGUUCUUGUUGAAAGCCCAAAGGCCAUUUCUGUAGUUUGCACAUUCAUCUUAACAAAAUUGGUUGUGAAUGUUUAAGUUAUGCACCUGGUGUCAUUACUGGCCACACCCAGGGAUCACAGGUUUGGUAAACAUAAAUCUGGAAAGGUUUGAAAAUCUUUUUGUGUGUUUGUGCAUCCAUCUCAGCACAAUUGAUUGUGAAUGUUUGUUCAAAUUGAUCAAUGUUGUCCUAGGAUGCCCUUGACUUUGACCUUUUGACCAACUUUUUUUAACUUCUAAAACUACAGAAAUUUUUACUAUGAGUACAGUUUUGAAAGCAUUUUUUUUUUUGUCAGAUGACUUUUACUUGGCACAUAUUAAAAUAGUUCAUGCAACUAAUCUGCUUAUACGUUUUCAGGUAACCCAAACACAAAACAUAAAGUAUAUGUCUGUUGCCUUUUACCCAUACAUACAUGCUCUGGAUUGAUAUGACCACAAAAGCCAUGCCAGUAGAGCAUAGGCCCUUUUGGGGCUCUUGUUAAGUCUUUGUGGCACACUUUGGGCCAUUUUAUCAAAAUAGGUUCCGGUAUUCAACAAUAUAUCACAAGAUCAAGAAAUUGAGUUAUAAAUAAUGCCCGUGAAAUCAAUUGAAAUUUAUACUGGCAAGUUCAUAAAAGCUUUGUCUGGCAUAAACACUCAAAAUACUGCCAAUGAACUGUGUUUAUUCAAUCAGUUCAUUAGUAAGAUGACACCUUGUGCUGUAUUGGAAGAACCUCACAUCAGUCAGAACUAAGAAAUAUUCAUGAUUCGAUAAUAGUUGUCCAGUAAGUUAAUUGUUGCAGAAGUGGUUAGUGUAUAUAUAUGUAUGUGUGCAAUUCAUUCUUUAAUACUCUGAAAAGGACAAUUUGGCUUUUUUCACUAUUAUUUUCUGUUUUUUGUCUAGGAAAUUGAUCAAAUUGUAUCUUUAGCCACAAAGAUGGAAGACGAGCAUGUUUAAUAUCUGAAAUGUUUUGUUGCAAUCUUGAAUAUGAAAUGUUGACAAACACAUUUAAUGUUCACUAGAUCGUAUAUGUAAGUGUUAUAACCUUGAUACUUUGAAAAGUCUUUGUUAAUGAUAACCAUUAUCUGUGAUAUAAUAAUGUUGUUUGUCUAUUCAAUGUUGUGAAUGUUUAUGUUACAUUAUGUUACGUUACGUCUUGAGUUUCUAUUUUAUGCGUACCGUUUCAUCAUUUCCAAUAAAGGUCACUGUUGAUUUACCGGGUAUUUUUGAUUGUGGGAAUAUCAGAAACCAUAAUGCAUUAACUGAAAAUGUCAUUUAAUUCUUGAAAUGACAAUGCAAUAUUUUAUAACGAAUUGUAAAACCAUGCAAUAAAUAACUUAAAAACUUAAAAAAACGUUUGUGUAGAAAAGAAUUACUUGAAAAAAUAUGGUGUAAAAAAGUGCUCUGAGAAUAUUGGCACUUCUUUCAAGCUUUUAGGGAGGUUUAUCAUUUUUAACAAAUACAUGUAUUUUUUUAUGUCCAUUUAUAAUUACAACUUAUAUAUUAAAAACAAAACAUACUAUAAUACGAAUGGUACUUUGUGUGUUUCAAAAACUCUUGAGCUAUGUUUUAUGCACUAUUUUAUGCUGAUCAAUUCACCAUAAAACUGGUUACAUUGAACGGGCUGUACAAUAUUACAUGAACAUUCCCUGAAGGAGUAUAGCUUCACCCUCAUUUUCCUCUUGAAGGCUUUCUUUGGUUAGUGUCAGUCCAGGAGAUGGGUCCUGGUUUCCAACUGUCUGACACCUUCCAUUAACUGCUUAUCUUGCUGGAGACUUGUUCAGGUCGACAUGAAGUGUAACAUCCUGGCGUGAUUUCUGCAUCAGACAUUUUUUUAUGGCAGGAUGAAGGUUUUAUCCUUUAGCAAAUCUGUGUUAACCUGAAUGUUCCAUUAUUGUCUGAUAGCCUGACAUUUUCCCAGUUUCUUCUCUCUUAUUGGUGAUCAAAGGUUUAAUAACUAAACCAUUCAGUUAUACAUGGGGGAAAAAAACAAAUCAAGUAAAACUGAUUUAAAAAAAAAGCUGCUUACAAUGAAUGAUGCACGCAAAUUAUUAGUCUUGUUUUUAAAAUUGCUAAUAUUCCUGACACCAUCAUGGAAAAAGGAAAAUGUCUGAAAUGCAUUCCCUGAAAUGUUUUACUUAUAAAUAAGUUAUAUUCAAAGUAAUAUACUGGACAGGAACACGCAUCAAACAGUUUUUGAUACAAGUACAACUUUGCAGAGAUCAGCAUUUCAAAAUAUGUAUAUUCCAAAAAUUGCAUUUAAUUAUUUAUUAAAAUUUACUUGAAUGAUUCUGGUACAGAAUGUAUGCCAGACUUCUUACAUAAGCUACAUAAACAUUGACUGCAUUUAGAAAUAUUUUAGUCUAGUCAAGUUUAAAGGCACAUUUUUUUAUGUGAAUUGAACUUGCACAUAAAAUACAGUACAUGUAUCGAAUGAGCAUAUGAACCAUUCUUUAAAAAUUACCUUAUGUAGGGAUUACUUGGAUUCAAUAUCUUUAAGUAUGUUGAAUAAAGAAAAAUAAUAAUUGAAAAAUAAAUAUUUCUUUUUAUUAACAUUACUGUGAUUAUUUGUCUGUAGAGCAAUUUUAGGCUCACAUACCUUGGAACCUGGAAACGGUGUUUUACCCGAAAGGUUCUUCGUAAUGCCUCUGCCCCAUUGCAUCCAUUCUUUAUCUCGUCCUGUUGUACAGAAAUGGAAUCCAUGAAUGAUAUUAUAUGAACUUAUGAAUAUAUCGUCGUUAUCGGACGAAAAAGGCCUAACUCAAAAAAACGCUUUUUUCAGUUUUAAGUUUUUACCGAAAAAUGAUCAUAUUAUAAUAUAAUGUUUUAAUAUAGCUUUGUUGAAUUUGUUUGUUUUGCAUCUGAAUUUUGCAAGUUUUGAGUUAGGUAUGUUUCUGUCUUUAUUUGCUCGUUUUGUAGUGAGAUAUGUAAAAUAAUGAACAUUCAUCAUACCCAAAUCUACAAUAAUGUACAGUUUCUUUGCAUAUUUAUUGCACUAAAACAAUGUAGUUUCAUUUUGAUAUACCAUAUCAAUGUUGUCCAUGAUUUACAAAUCUACAUAAUAUAAAUUCUAAAUAUUGUGGCAAAUACGGAUAGACCAAAUGCAAAACCACAUUAAAAAUAACAUGUCUUGAAGAUAGUCAUAGCAAACUGUUACUACGUCUAAGUAUGUAAAAGUGUGUCAUAGAAGCUGUGAUUAUCUCGCGGAAUCACAGAUUUCAGCUCUUGAAGGUGCUCAUAAUUUUGUUUCCUGAUGGAAAGCCGGUGACUAUACAGAUUUUCUACCCUGUCGGAAAUUUUUCACAUGUGUCCUAUUUUUGCACGGGACGCUGUCUUAUAUUAUGAAUGGGUUCGUAAGAUAAGUCCUAUUAGCGCCAAAAUAGAGUUAUGCUAUUUACGUCCGAAAGCGACGAUAUAUUAAAGAAUAUUGUAUCAUCUUCACUAGAGUAAAACUUGGCCAACUUCCUGACGAUCAGUUCUUUGUAGCCUUAUUGUGUUGUCUUCUAGCCUGUUUUCUAUGAUGUUAUCCUGUCAAUCAAUUUUCAUGAUGUAUAUUUUCUUAACUGUAUUCAACUAAAGCUCUAUCACUUACCUUGGCAAUAGAUAUUGCCCUGCCUUAAUGAUGAUCUUUUGAGACCAAGACCUGGUAAACAACAUGAUACAUCUUUCAGUUUCAUUAAAGAUGAACAUAUAAUUGAUAGUGAUCUAAACUUAAGAACUAUAAUAAUUAUUACUAACUAUAUCUUACACUUAGAAAUACCUGAUAACAAAGUUGUGGUUGUGCUCCAGCAGGUAAUGAAUUGUUGUAUAUUUGUACCAAUUCCAGAAGUACUUUCUUAUGGCAUUCUCAUUUUCUGAAUAAAAAACAUAUUAUUUAUUAUAAAUACACUUUUGAUUAUACAUUGUUCUAAGUGUGUUCCAAAUUGCAUGAACUUCCCCAGGGACCAAUAACAAAUAUGAAUGUGUUUAAUUUUCAAAGAAAGGCAUAUGUAUAUAUAUACAAAGGUACACAUACAUGAACAAAAAUACACAUACAUGUACAAAGGUACACAUACAUGAACAAAAAAUACACAUACAUGUAUAUAUAGGUAAACUAUUUUGAAUUGGUUACGCAUUUUUCGAAACAAAAUACAUGUACAUUUAUGUAGGAAUUGAAAAAGUACACUUCAGUAGCCAAUGUUUACUGUUAUAGAUGUUUUGUUACAUUUAGUAUAUUUUUGUCCUUAAUUCUUUUUUGCUUGGUCUUUAAGAGCUGCUCUCAAUGAUUUAUGGGAUUCAGAUUCUUUCAGAAUGUUCAUUUUCAGAUUUCUAGGCACAGAGGGGCCAUAUGAACAUCACCACAAAUUGUUUGAUGAUGUGAGGGGCAAGUUUUCCUUUUAACACUCUCAGAGUAAUGCUUGACCAUUGGAUUAUCCAGCAGGACUUCCCUUAGUGCAACAAAACUUGAUUUACUGGCUUCUUUUUCAUUGAUCUUCUUCCUAACACACACUUCACAUUCCUGUAUGAAGAGAAAGUAACGAUUACAAAGCACUCUCUUUUUUUCAGAGUCCUUCUUAUUUUUCAUUAAGGAUGCAAUUGUUUCUGCUUCUGCGGUGACGGCGUGCUGUUUUGCCAGUCUCUUAUGCAGCUGAUAAUGGAUGUAUCCACUGACGUAAAAAAAGUACUGACUGAGUCACAAAGCUUGGUGCUGUCUUCCUUGCUGGUAGAUUUGAAUAGUUUGGCUCUGUUAUCAAUAAAGUCUUCAAUAAAUUGCCUAUGUAGAACAGAGAUAAACUAGCAAACUCGUAACCUAUCACAAUGUGAAGAACUUAAAAGUGCUUCUUUAGAGUUACUGUGGCAGUAUGCAGCCAUGUUGAACACUUUCAAAUACACAGGUCCAGUGAUGGCCACUAGUUCUUCAUGCGAGUCUUUCUUUCUGAUCACAUGGUUAGCCAGUCCAAUGAUACCACGCCCGUUGAAGGAAUGUGUUAGGUUCCUGUAUUUACCCUUAACACCUUUCUUCAAUGUGUUGGGGAAUAUGUCUUGAAACACCUCAUUAAACUGUUCUUCAUGAAACAUGAGGGGCUUUUGUGAUGUUGCUGCCUCUAUUGGUUGGCGAUAGUUGGAGACUGAAUGAACAACAUAUCAAAUAUUAACACAUCGGGCAACACCAAUUUCUUUUAGAAAGUGAAUGAAUACUUUUUUUGGAAUGAUCUAUUUGAACAGCUUCAUAUGAGUUAUUAUAUCAUACAUGUGAAUCACAUGAAUAUGACAUUCACAAUGAAACAUGCAAACAUUCCCAACUCUGAAGUUUUCUUUUUCAUGUCUUGAACGCAUGAGCCCAUGAAUUCCCGACACGGAAGCAUAACUUUUCUCACAUUCAUCACGUACCAGUAAAUGUUGUUUCCAUGAGUCACUUUUGUCAAUAGGUUUUAAGAGAUUAAUUGAUUUAGAAAAUGUUGUAAAAUUUUCCUCAAAAUCAUUUUCGGAAAAGUUAUAUUCACUCUCGAGUCAGAAAAAAAUAAUGAGACCCUCUUUAGAAUAUGCCAAUCUCACAAAUGAAAAAAAAAUGUAUGAAUUAUCAAAAGUUGAUGGAAAGAUGAUUGAUUUUCUAACAUAACUGUAUAAUUAUAUUUUGAAUACUUUUGUUUAAUUACAGCAACAGAGGGGUGUUGAUGUGUUCACUUAAUUGUUUUGUUAUAUUCUGUAUCCUAUGAUGUUAAAAUGUUUUCCAGAUUCUGGAGGGAAAUGAAGAUUUCUUUUGCAUUGUGUAUAUUUUAUAUAGAAAGCAUUGAUAUUAUCCGAACUGUUGUACCUUUAUCAAUAAAAUUAAAUUAUAAUUCCAUAAAUAUAAUUAAAAAAAUGUUU